AUGUCAUUCCAGGAUAUCCCAAUCCUCGAUCUCAACGAUGCACUCAACAGCGAAACCAAGUCGCAGUUCUUGGCCCAAUUGAGAAACGCCAUGAUCAACGUUGGGUUUCUCCUCUUGAAAAACUAUGAGUCGGUAGGCCCCUCGGCGCAGGACUUGGCAGAUAUCAAGCACCAGUCGCAGCGAUUCUUUGCCUUGCCCGAAGAUGUCAAGUUGAAAAUUGAAAUGAUCAACUCGCCCCAUUUUCUAGGCUACACCAGGUUAGCUAACGAGAUCACCGCGUCGCACACCGAUUGGCGAGAACAGAUUGACUUGGCUACUGAGUUACCAGCGCCGCGCAAAGGUGAACCCAUCUAUAAGAACAUUGAAGGUCCCAAUCUCUGGCCCGAUGAAGAGGCAAUCCCCAAUUUCCGCAACGUGGUGGAGACGUACAUUGCCAAGAUGACGCACUUGAGCAAGGUUUUCAGGUAUUUGGUGCUUGAGUCAAUUGGACUUGAAGGUGAGGCCUUGGAUGGCUAUUUCAAAGAGAACCAGCAAUGCAAGAUGAAGUUGAUUGCUUAUCCUGACCGUGCGUCCUUGACCAACACCACGUCUGCGGCUCUAGACGAUACACCAUCCACGGGCCAAGGCGUGGGGCCGCAUCGUGAUUCAGACUUGAUUACAUAUAUAUAUCAAGCCACGCAACAUCAGGACUCGCUUCAAGUGCAAAACUUCCAAGGCCAAUGGAUCACGGUGCCCAAUAUUCCCGGACAUUUGGUUGUUAACAACGGACAAACUCUCGAAGCUAUAACUCAAGGGGUGUGCAAGGCUACCAUCCACCGAGUGUUGAUUCCGCAGCCUGGUACGGGAACAAGAAUCUCGGUGCCAUUUUUCCAAACAAUCGAUUUGGACAGUUGCAAGAGUGCCAUUCAGAAUAUCCCCAAGGAAAUCGUUGAGCAGAGAGAUGUUAGAGAUAGGAAGAUUAAAGAUUGGGCUGUUGAUGUUGGGUUCCAGUUCAAGCCCGACAUGAGCAAGGAACCUGUAGGUUAUGCUGUCUUCAGAAACAGGAUCAAGUCGCACCAAGACGUCGCCAAGAGAUGGUAUCCUGAAGUCUUGAAGCAAGUGCUCACCGAGUACACUUACUAA